CAUCAAAACGUCAAGAUUCUAGGUUAUGUGCAGUUAAAUUUCAAAAUAAAAAUAUUAUGGUAAGAUCACCACCAACAAUCAUAAAAGACAAUUUGUAAAUAAAUACAUAAUAAUCUUAUAAAGCAAUUGUGAAUAUCUCAGGAAACAUAAAAUGGAAUCAAAUUCAACAUCACCAGGGACAGUGGCAGACAAAGAGAGCUUAGAGAAACCCCUGUCUCCGAUUCUGAAUAAGAAGAGAUACAGAAGAAAGAUACCUUUGGAUAGACAACAGAGCAAAAUACUUAAAGUGGCUGUGGAGAAUUGCAGCAAUUUGGAGUACACAAAGUGUAUGUUUAAAUCAGCAGGUGGAAAGAACAUUUCCAUAUCGGAGAAUAAAAUCAAGGAGUACAAAACCUUGUUCGAAGAUAUCCUCAAUGACAAUAGAGCAGAGUCUGUCUCUAAAUUGGAUAAAUUCACUAUGAAGUGUAAGGAGCAACAGCAAACUGUUGACUACAACAAGUGUGCUUCAGGAGAUGUCACUGAUGGAUCUCACAAUAAUUUAAAUAUGUUGUAUGAAAAUAAGAAAUUUCCUAUUAGCAAAAGCACUUUUGAGUCUGAGGAUUCAAUGAAUCCUAAUGUAAUGAAAAUAUUUCUCAAUAAUACUGCUACAACUGAGUCAAGCAAGGAGUCUUUUGAGAAGAAAAUUCUGCAAGAGAUGAAGAACGCAUAUUAUAAUAAUUGUAAGGAAGGAAAGGAAGAAUUUAAAGACAGCCAAAUGAAUUACAAUGAGACUAGUGAAUCCAACAGCACAUUGGCUUGUGAAAUUGAAAAUCUGCAGUGUCUUUUAGAUUUAAAAUUAGAUAAGCAGAAGCAGUUUGAUGCAUUGCAGAGAGAUAUUGUGCAUCUAAGUAAUAUGAAGGAAGCUUACAGAUUGAGUGCAACCUCCAGAGAUGUAGAAACUGGUACUUCAGUUUCACAAUGUUCAUUCUCAGAUAGUAAUUACAUGAAAUCGCAAACAUCCAAGAUGAGUGUGGGUUUUCCUGGGUUCACAAUUGAGGAAUUACAGCAAACUGAAAGGAUGUUUGAGCAGUACAACUUGGAAGCUGCCGAAUAUAAGAACAGAAUUAAGAUGCACAAGCCUGAGAGGUGGAAGAAACAUAAGUUUCAUAAGCACUGUAAAGCAGUGGAUGGAAGUUUCGUAUCUGGAGAAGUGUCUGAGACAAAGGAGUCGUCAAUUAAAAGGAAGGUGAAGAAGCAUAAAAAUGUUUGUAAUAAAAGUGUGGAUAAGUAUCAGAAAAAUGAGUAUUCUAUUAUCCCGAAUUCUGUGAAGAUGCGGGAAGGGUCUGCUAAUACUUCCGAUAACCGAAAAAGUUUGAGCAAUUCUAUUUCAGUUUCUUCUAAUAAUCACGUUCAAAUAUGCAUUGGAACGAAAAGGAUUAAAAUCAAUAUUAAGUCGGAGAAUGGGAGUUCUAUAAGAACCCAAGUCAAGGAUAACAAUGCUACAACUAAGGUAGAAAGCGAUUUACAAAAUAACGUUGGUAAACAUGAGGACAAUAAGAACAAAUCUUCGAGUGAAAAUGGUGGGCAAUUGAAGAAAUCAGAGGCCCCGAAUAGAUUCAGCUUAGCUUCUGGAAAACAUGUGGACAUUUGUAAGGACAAAUUUGAUGAAGCUUAUAAUAUGUUUAUAGAUACGAAUAAUGCUAGUCAUGGGACAGUUAAGAGUCCUGAUGGUAAGAAAAUGGUUGGCUUUCAAUCGGCGUCGGGUAAGGAAAUGCGUUUACCUAAAGAGAAGAUGGAUUUAGCAUACGCUGUGUUGAUGGACAAUGAAGAAAAACUUGAACAAAAUCCAAAUGUUAAAAAAGUUUGUGGUUUUCAAUCGGCUUCGGGUAAAAAAAUGGAUGUGCCUAAAGAGAAAAUGAAUUUAGCAUAUGCUAUGUUGACGGAUAAUGAAGAAAAUGUUGGGUCAAUCCAAAGUCCAAACGUUAAGAAACUUUACGGUUUCCAAUCGGUUUCGGGUAAAAAAUUGGAUGUUCCUAAAGAGAAAAUGGAUUUAGCAUAUAUUAUGUUAAUGGAUAAUAAAAAAAAUGUUGGGUCAAUCCAAAGUCCAAACGUUAAGAAAGUUUGUGGUUUCCAAUCGGCUUCGGGUAAAAAAGUGGAUGUACCUAAAGAGAAAAUGGAUUUAGCAAGUGCUAUGUUAAUGGAUAAUGAAGAAAAUACUGGCGCAGUCGAAAGUCUAAAUGUUAAGAAAGUUUGUGGUUUUCAGUCAGCUUCAGGAAAUAAUGUGGAUAUUCCUAAAGAGAAAAUAGAUUUAGCAUAUGCAAUAUUGAUGGACGAUGAAGUAAAUAUUGAGUCAGUACGAUGCCCUGAGAUUCCAAAAAUAUCUAAUAUUCAAUCAGCGCCUGGUAAGAAAAUAAAGAUAGAUUUAGCAAAUGCAAUGUUGAUGGAUAAUGAAUCAAAUAUUGCUACAAUUGAAAGUCAAAAUGCUAAGAAAAAAUGUGGUUUUCUAUCGGCUUCUGGAAAGAAAAUGAAUGUACCGAAAGAAAAGUUUGAUCUUGCUUAUUCGAUGUUAAUUGAUAAUGAACUACAGCCAUUUCAAUCUAACGAUUUGAAGGUGGAUUCGAAGGUAGUAAACAAAAAGAAACUCGACGAAGCUUACAAUAUAAUAAAAGAAACGAAUGUUUCCAAUCCUUUGCACAAAAAUCCUGACUUUAAUCAUCCUUAUUCCAAUGUCGGUUUCCAAUUAGGCUCUGGUAAAGUUGUGGAUAUUUCUAAAGAUAAAAUUGAUAGAGCCCACAGUUUACUGAUGGAUGGUGAUUCGGAAAUGAAUGAUUUGGACAUUGAGCAAUCAAUGAGAGAGUUCACUUUUGCGUCUGGAAAUAAGAUGGAUAUUUCCAAAUCCAAGAUCGAACAAGCCUACAAUAUGUUGAUGGAUAAGAACGUCGUUGAAUCGGAAGGAUGCGAAAGUAUGGGAAAGGAAAAAGGCGAUUACAUCAGCGAAAACACGUUGAAAUUCAACAGUGCACAUGGAAAAACUGCGCACGAAUUAAUCGUGGACGCUGUUAACACGUACGAUAGCGCAAUUGAAAAAGUGAGCUCUCAAAUAACGCCUCUGAAGAAAAUUCAGCAAUCCCUCCCCUGCACUAGUCCUCUAACGAAACCUUUGAAAUCCAUGAGCUCGAAACGGAGAUUGGGAAUGCAGAGGCGAAAUCUCAUCAAUAUUUCUAAAGAGAAUCUGGAAAAAACGAAGUUAUUGUUCCAGGACUUGGAUACUUCUUUCGAUAAAGGUGCUUCGAAUUUAGCGUGCAGCACGCCGAAAAGAAAAUGUAAUGAUUCUAUCGAAUACAAUUCCGCGUUUCAUUUGCAAACACCAGUUUUCGAUAAACCAUUGAUCGGAAAAUUGGAUGCAAAGCAUCUCAAAUCAUCCAUCAUUUUCCAUGAGAAAUCUUGCGAGGAUUUGACCGAAACUCAAAAUGAGAUCGACAAGGAGUAUAUGGAGUUGAAAAACAAGUUGGGUAUCUUGGAGAACAGGAUGGCCGCUCUGGAGGGGCAAAAGAAAAUACUCGAAAAUUCAGAUGAAUCCUAUAGGAGGAAACGAUUGGGUAUAUUAUCUUUGAAGAAGAUGAAUUCCGUGGAAAGGGUGCCCUUGCAAAAACUAUUUCAAAGCAGUGAAGAGAACAUUGAUUACUUCAACAUCGACUCGCAAAUCGUUUCCGUUUCUCCUUGGAACGCGGACAAACUUCAUUUUAACAUAUCCAAAAAUUAUCAGAAUGCUUCUGUGAUUUGUACCAUGGAUGGUGCAACGGUGAUUCCCAACUCAUCGAACAUUGUCGGAGUAACUGAAAUAAAUAACGCUUUCCGCGCGAUGGAAGGCGUCGAUCCAAAAUUGUUGCACAAACACUGGGUUAUCAAUCACUACAAGCAGAUUAUUUGGAAGCUGGCAUCGUAUGAACGGAAAUUCCCACAAUACUUCAAAGGCUGUUUAACGAUUGAAAAUAUCAUAGUUCAUUUAAAAUACAGAUACGACAGAGAAAUUGAUAAAGCAGAACGACCAGCUUUAAGAAGGAUUUUGGAGUGCGAUGAUGUUCCGCAGAAGAGGAUGGUUUUAUGUGUUUCGAAUAUAAUCGAAUUAUAUUCCUAUAAAUAUGAAUUGGAGCUGACGGAUGGUUGGUAUACUGUACUAACCGAAAUAGAUAAACCUUUGUGUACGCAAAUUCGCAAAAGGAAGAUCAAAGUUGGAACCAAGCUGAUCAUACAAGGAGCGGAACUGAUGAAUUCCGAGGGUUGCCAUCCACUAGAUGUUCCAGAUAACGUUAGGCUGAAGAUAUUCUUCAAUUCGACGAGGAGAGCCGUGUGGCAUUUGAAGCUUGGCUAUUACAAAUACCCGACGCCGUUUCCGUUGCCGCUUGCCAGUCUUAAUCCGGAAGGUGGAGUUACCAGUUGCGUUAACAUCUACGUGGCUAGGGUGUAUCCGGUUAGAUAUUACGAAACAACGAAUGGAGCUAGAAUAUGGAGGAAUCAACGUGCGGAAGAGAACCGACGGCAGGAGUUUGAUAUGGAGCGUGCGCAAGUAGUGAAGUCCAUCAAGGAUAAAGUAAUCAGCGAUUACGAGAAGGAUUAUUUUGAGGAUAAAACUACAAGUAGCACGGACAAAAAGGAUAUAGCUAGUAUAACUUGCUCCAAGACUCUUCACCACUUAGUAGAGACCAGUAUGGAUCCAGAUUCCGUUAUGAAUUCGCUUUCAGAUGCUCAGAGAAAUGGUGUUUUUAAGUAUAUGGAAACUGUAAAUGCUCAGAAGCACAACGAUGUCACUAGGAUAAUAGCACAGAAAUUGAAAGAGCUAAAGGUGAGCGAACGGAAGGUUUCGUCGAUGGUGAAAUUGUUGAUUAUGGACGCUGCUGAUGGAAAGAAUUCUAAGGCCUACGCCUUCAACAUCUGGCAGCCUACGGAAGAGCAUAUGCAAUUGUUUAAGGAGCAAUCGUGCUUGACCGUUUAUAAUAUAGGUAUCAAACCAUCCAACGAGUUCCAUUCGAGCAAUACGACGUACUUUAAGCAACUUACCGUGGGUACUUCCAAGAAAUAUCAAGACACUCAGAGGCAGCUUUUACCAAUUGCCAUGACCGUCGAUCGAUUAUAUAAGCCGAGGUUCAAUGAAUUCGACACCGUUGGUUUGGUCAUCCGAAUUACGAUUUCUACGUACGAGCAAGAGCUGUGGCUAUCCGACUACAUCGGAAGGUUAUUGCUUGUGAGGAUUAUGGACGGACCACAGUUGUGUUCGUUGCUGCACGGCGUUAAAAGAGGCCAGAGCGUCGCAUUGUGUAAUCUGGUAAUGCACAAUUGCCAUUCGCGUUUCGGCGAAGCUAUCGCGAAUCAAUUUUCCGUCGUAUCACAAUAUCCGCAGCUCAAGUUCCUUCAGAACGGCCUGGAUAUAUUCAAAGAGCAAUUACCUAAUGAUAUCAGUCGAUUGUUGGCGGAGUGUGAUGAAACUAUCGAAGGAGCAAAAUAUGAUAAGAGCGUGAGCAGGAGCGAUGUCGAGUAUCUCACGAUGGAUGUUAGUAAUGUUACCGAUGAAGAGUACGAGGAUAAUGGAGCCAUACCAUCAAGAUUGACCAAAACCGAUGUGGCUAUGUCUCUGUUAGAUACUGAUCAAUUCAUGUAAAUCGUUAAUAAUCAAAUUUAUUU